CAUGCAUAGCUCCGAAAACCAACUAAAACAACACAAGACUCUUAGAUAAAAGUUGUUGACGGUCAUCUCAAAUGAAGAUAUUUAUUUCAUUUUGGGUAGUAUCAGGCUUUCUUGCAGCUGCGUUGGGUGGCAAUUUCAACCAAGACUUCGACAUUACGUGGGGCGACGGGCGGGCGAAAAUACUGGACAACGGGAAGCUUCUUACGUUGUCUUUAGACAAGACUUCUGGCUCUGGAUUUAGGUCCAAAAAGCAAUACAUGUUCGGGAAGAUCGACAUGCAGAUAAGGCUUGUUCCUGGCAACUCUGCCGGCACCGUUACUGCCUACUAUCUGUCUUCGUUGGGAUCGAACCAUGACGAAAUUGACUUUGAAUUCCUUGGUAACCUAAGCGGUGAUCCUUACAUCAUGCACACCAAUGUGUACACACAAGGCAAAGGGGGCAGAGAGCAGCAGUUUUAUCUAUGGUUUGAUCCCACAAAGGAUUUUCACACUUACUCUAUUCUAUGGAAUCCUCAAAGCAUCAUAUUGUCAGUGGAUGGAACGCCCAUCAGACAGUUCAAGAAUCUAGAAUCCAAAGGUGUGGGUGUGGCGUACCCCAAAGACCAGCCAAUGUGGAUCUUCUCAAGCCUGUGGAACGCAGAUGAUUGGGCAACAAGAGGGGGGCUCGUCAAAACUGAUUGGUCCCAAGCCCCCUUCACUGCCUCCUACACAAACUUCAAUGCGCUUGCUUGCACUGUAUCCACCACUUCAAAUUCUUGCCCCAAAAACUCCUCUUCCAGUUCUUGGUUCUCAGAGUCGCUGGACAACUCCGGGGUGGAAAGAAUAAAGUGGGUGCAGAAGAACUACAUGAUUUACGACUACUGCACUGACUCUAAGCGAUUUCCUCAAGGCUUUCCUCCUGAAUGCUCCAUUGCAUAAUCACGACUUUUCAAUCACUCUUUUUCCAGCCCUUUUUUGUUUUUUUAUUUGAUUCUUUGAUGAUGUCUUGAAUAAUUAUAGAGAUUAUGAUGAUGUGUGAAUAAUUAUAAAGAUUGUGUAUAUGGUAAGACGUUUGAUACAUAAGUAGAGUGAUGCGGUGGGUUCGAAUGAA